AUAACCAGGAAGUGGAGUCGUGAUGUCAACAGAUAUCUGUCGACAUGGAACUUUCAGUCUUUUUUUACUACAAAACGUUGCUUUCGGGUUUAAAUUUGCUGGUUUGAGAAUGAGAGGCGUUAGCCAUAAAGUGUUGUUGCUGUUCUUUUUGCUUUUAUUCGUAAAUUCGUGUGUGCCAGAGCGAGUUGAGAGGGAAAUCUCGUCGGACCUGCGUGAGAGAGAUGACGGCGGAGGGGAUGCGCACCAAAAGGAAAAUACUCCAGUUGAAAACAAGCAAACAUUAAUAACACACGAAAAACAGGGUCGACUCGAUUCAAACGAGCCACAGAAGGAUGGACAGUCUGUCAGCAAGUCCAAUGACACUGAUAAUUACAGUAAUGAGACCCUCCUCUCUACAACGCCUACUGUCAAGCCAACGACCCCAACACCCCCAACCCUCAAGCCCAUUCUUCCCGUGCAGACAGGGGUGAAGGCCCAAGAAGAAGAGCAGUCCAGUGGGCUGACCAUAUUCUUCAGCCUUUUGGUUAUUGGUAUCUGCAUCAUAUUGGUGCACCUGCUUUUCAAGUUCAAGCUGCAUUUUCUUCCAGAGAGUGUGGCUGUUGUGUCCCUUGGGAUUCUAAUGGGAGGCUUCAUUAAGAUCAUUGAGUUCCAGGAACUGGCCAACUGGAAGGAGGAAGAAAUGUUCCGACCAAACAUGUUCUUCCUUUUGCUUCUGCCGCCCAUCAUCUUCGAAUCUGGAUACUCAUUACAUAAGGGUAACUUCUUCCAGAACAUUGGCUCCAUUACUCUCUUUGCUGUGUUCGGCACAGCCAUCUCUGCAUUCAUAGUCGGAGGAGGCAUCUAUUUCCUUGGGCAGGCCGAUGUGAUCUAUAAGAUGACCAUGACCGAUAGCUUUGCCUUUGGCUCACUCAUCUCAGCUGUGGACCCUGUAGCGACCAUCGCCAUCUUUAACGCCCUCAACGUGGACCCUGUCCUCAACAUGCUGGUGUUUGGUGAGAGCAUCCUCAACGACGCUGUCUCCAUUGUCCUCACUAACACAGCGGAGGGAUUCUUCUCUCGCUCAGACAACUCUGUGACAGGGUGGGAGACUUUUUUGCAAGCAUUGAGUUAUUUCCUUCAAAUGUUUUUUGGUUCUGCUGCUCUGGGAACCCUCACUGGACUCAUCUCUGCAAUUUUUCUAAAACAUUUUGACCUGAGGAAGACUCCUUCACUAGAGUUUGGUAUGAUGAUCAUCUUUGCGUACCUUCCCUAUGGCCUGGCAGAAGGCAUUAAACUGUCUGGAAUAAUGUCCAUCCUGUUUGCUGGAAUUGUGAUGUCUCACUACACCCAUCACAACUUGUCUCCUGUCACCCAGAUCCUCAUGCAGCAGACUCUGCGCACAGUGGCCUUCAUGUGUGAGACAUGUGUGUUUGCCUUCCUUGGUCUCUCCAUCUUCAGCUUCCCUCAUAAAUUUGAAUUUUCCUUUGUCAUCUGGUGCAUAGUCCUGGUUCUUCUCGGGCGAGCAGUGAACAUCUUCCCUCUGUCAUUCCUGCUGAACUUUUUCAGAGACCACAAGAUCACACCCAAAAUGAUGUUCAUCAUGUGGUUUAGUGGUUUGCGAGGUGCUAUCCCUUACGCGUUGAGCCUCCAUCUGGGCCUGGAGCCCAUUGAGAAGCGGCAGCUGAUUGGCACAACCACCAUCAUCAUCGUGCUCUUUACCAUCCUCCUCAUGGGGGGCGGGACCAUGCCACUAAUUCGCGUCAUGGACAUUGAGGAAAGCCAGUCACGGCGGAAGAACAAGAAAGACAUCAAUCUCAGCAAGACACAGAAAAUGGGUAACACCAUUGAGUCAGAGCACCUAUCAGAACUGACAGAGGAGGAGUACGAGGCUCAGAUCUUCCAGAGACAAGAUCUAAAGGGCUUUAUGUGGCUUGAUGCUAAAUACCUCAACCCCUUCUUCACUCGCAGGCUCACUCAAGAGGACCUGUUACAUGGCCGUAUCCAGAUGAAGACCCUGACCAAUAAGUGGUACGAAGAAGUUCGCCAGGGACCUUCAGGCUCUGAGGACGAGGAUGAUGAAGCAGAACUUCUGUGAACUGAAUGCCGUUCAUAUGAAAACGAUAAAUGGACAUUGUGUGUUCUGAGCGGAGGGAGUGUAUGUGUCUCUGCGUGUGUGAAUGUGUAUGUUUGAGGACACACUGUUGUUCACCUGCCACCAACUUUAUGUGACAAAAGAGUCUCCGUCUGUACCCACAGUGCAUUUUGAGUUCUAACACUGGUUGAAGCAAAAAAAAUCUGUGAAAAUGCUGUCCCUCGUAAAUGCCAUAUUAUGUAGACGUGCACGCUCCAGUUCACUGAUCUGCUGAACAGCACAUGGGAAAUUUAGUUGAUCCUGUGAACCUUUUCCCAGGUGUUUCUUUUAUAAAAGGUUUGGUCUGAAGGGAAGCUGAGAGAGAAAUCUUCCAUAUAAAGCAAUACUAGAGCACUUUUUCACUGUGUCUCCUCACGUUUGUGUUGUUCAUUGCUGUAUGGCGUUAGCUUAUUUAAACUCUUGUAGAAGUUUUACUUUGUGUCAGGGGAAGGAAACAUCGUGAUGUCGCUACAGGCUCAAUUUCUAAAGUGGGAUUUGUAAUAAGCCACAGGUGGCUGCGUUGAAUAGCUUCCUGUUGAACUACAUUUAAUUCUCUCUGGGUCUUAGUCUAUUUAAAAAACACAUAUUCCUGCAUGAGCUACCACUCCACCCUCCAGCAACGAGGCAGCAAAGAGAAAUGCGGGAGAGUGUUAAAACUAAUAAUUUUUGAAACAUUAAACAACUAGCGUCUUAUAAGAGAAUAAUUAUGCACCAGAUUUUCAUUUUCAAAUAUGGUUCCAGUUUUGUUUCUCUGAUUUCACUUUUCUGUGUUUAUUUUCCUCCUCUUGCCACUGCAUUGUGUAUAACGUAGAACUUGAAAUGUUGCUUUUGUGAUUUUCACUAUGGAUAUCUAAUGAAGAAAGGCACCAAUGAAUGUGUGGGUAGCUGGGAACACUUGUGAAUGUAUUUUUUUCCUAUUUAUUUAUCAAAUGUGUAUGUGCUGUUUUCUGGGAAUGAAGGCUUUUAUACAAGCUCUAUGAGCACUGCAGAAUUAUAGAAAAUGUGUAUAAUUAAACACAUUGACAUCCUAUAUGUUGUAUUCAAUGCUAAUUUAAUCGAAGAUGAGCUACACCCCCAAAAGAGUUUGUGUUUUGCUAAUUUCCACAAAUGCCUUGUGGGGAAAAAAA